AUGAAGGCUGUAUUGCUCAUUGCCCUGUCGGCUGCUGUGGCUGUUCAUGGCGGCUACGGUGGUGGUGGAGAGGUGGACCUGAGCUUGGAGUAUACCGACUACCACUUCUCAUGGCGGCAUGAUGGAGGCAGGAAGUAUGACUGGCAUACUGCUAACUACUACUGCUCCAGUUUGGGCUAUGGCUGGCAGGGUGUUAGUAUAGAGACUUACGAAGAAGACAAAAUUAUAUCCAAUAUCAUCUAUCAAGACAAGCUGAAGUACAUCUGGACUGGUGGAUACCGCGAUGGGUACGAGUUCGCCUGGCCCUCUGGCUACCCCUUCUACGGCCUCAACUGGUCCCUCACGGGCGGCCUCGGACUUCCCCAGCCUGACAACCGCGAGGACGGGAAGGAGUUCUGUCUGGCAGUGCUCAACAACUUCUAUAAAGACGGCAUUACAUGGCACGACGUCGCCUGCCAUCACGAGAAGCCCAUCAUCUGUGAGCGCCGCCGCGGGGGCCACUAUGGCUGAGCCGCGGCGCUCUCGCUGUUAACUACAGCUCUCUAGAAAUACAUUUUUUAUUUAGUUUUAUGAACUUGUACAAUAACAUUUUGUAAUUUAAUAUAUAAGUAAUAUAUACAUAAUAAUAUAUAUUACAUACU